CCUGCCCGCCACCCUCAUGGCCAGGCGGCCGCUGCUGCUGCUCUUCUGCGCGCUGGGGCUGGCCGCGGCCCGGGGUGCCCGCGCCACGGAGCCCCCCGAGCCCCAGGACACGCUGCAGAACGAGGCUGACAACCAGGAGAACGUCCUGUCCCAGCUGCUGGGCGACUAUGACAAGGUCAAGGCCGUGUCCGAGGGCGCCGACUGCCAGUGCAAGUGCGUGGUGAGGCCGCUGGGCCGCGAGGCCUGCCGCCGGGUGGACGCGGGCACCGCGCGCCUGGACGACAGCUACACGGUGGAGACCAUCACCUCGGGGCCCGCCUGCAAGUGCGCCUGUGUGGCCCCCCCGUCCGCGCUCAACCCCUGCGAGGGCGACUUCUGGCUGCAGAAGCUGCGCGAGGCCGACGGCCGCGACCUCAAGCUCUCCACGGUGCUGGACAUGCUCGAGGGCGCCUUCUACGGCCUGGACCUGCUGAAGCUGCACUCGGUCACCACCAAGCUGCUGGGCCGCGUGGGCAGGCUGGAGGAAGAAGUUUCUAGAAACCUCACCCAGGAGAACGAGCACAUCAAAGAGCACAUCGCCGAGAUCCGCUCCGAGGUGAGCGGGAUGAGCCGCGAGGGCUGCUGCAGGACGCCCCCCGACGGCCACCCCGACCCCGCCACCAGCGAGCAGAGGGAUGCGGCCGCUGCCUAUGCGCGCCCCGAGGUACAGCCGCGGGGGGAGGUUCUGGAAGUUUCUGCAGGAGGAAAACUCUCUUGGCAGGUCAAUUCGGUGGAGCUACUGGGUUCGAGGCCCCUGGCACGGCCGGCCGUGGCGAGGCCCCCGCGGCCCCCGCACCGGCCUGCGGAGCCCAGGGGCCGACCGGCCUCCAGGCCCACCAUCAUCAGGGGCAUCACCUACUACAAGGCCCAGGAGCCCGAGGAGGACGAGAACGACAUUGAGGAACUACAAGACGAGUUUUUCAGCGGUGACCACGAGACGGACCUGCUGAGCGAGGAGCAGCUGCUCAGACACGGCCCCCCGCCCCCGGCCGCGACCCCCACCGACUCCACGCCCCCGGCCUCCGCCGGACAGUGGUCAACGCCCCUCCAGGACGCGGGGGACACGGCGGCCACCCCCACGGUCACCCCCACUCCGCCUCCGGCCUCAGCGGUGCCGCUGGCCGCGGCGGCCGAGGCCACGUCCACUGCGCCCACGCUUCCCACGGCCACGGGCACGGAGGCCACGGACGGGUGGGGCACGGUCCCCGCCAGCCCCACGCUGAGCCCCGAGGAAGAGGAGGACAUCCGGAGCAGCAUCGGAAAGUGCAAGGACACGCUGUCCACCAUCUCCGGCCCGACCCUGCACAACACGUACGGCCGCAACGAGGGCGCGUGGAUGAAGGACCCGCUGGCCUCGGACGAGCGCAUCUAUGUCACCAACUACCACUACGGCAACACGCUGGUGGAGUUCCGGAACCACGAGAACUUCAAGCAGGGCCGCUGGAGCAACUCGUACAAGCUGCCCUACAGCUGGAUGGGCACCGGGCACGCCGUGUACGGCGGCGCCUUCUUCUACAGCCGCGCCUUCACGCGCACCAUCCUCAAGUUCGACCUGCGGCGCCGCUACGUGGCCGCGUGGGCGCUGCUGCACGACGCGGCCUUCGAGGAGGCCACGCCCUGGCGCUGGCGCGGCCACUCGGACGUGCACUUCGCCGUGGACGAGAACGGGCUGUGGCUCGUCUACCCGGCGCUGGACGAGGGCGACGCGGGCGGCGGCCUGGGCGAGGAGGUCAUGGUGCUCAGCAAGCUGGACGCGGCCGACCUGAGCACGCGCCGCGACACCACGUGGCGCACGGGCCUGCGGCGCCACCGCUACGGCAACUGCUUCGUCAUCUGCGGCGUCCUCUACGCCGUGGACAGCGCGGGCCGGCGCCACGCCAACCUGUCCUACGCCUUCGACACGCACACCAACACGCAGACGGCGCCGCGGCUGCCCUUCGAGAACCGCUUCGCCUACACCACGCACGUGGGCUACAACCCCAAGGACCGCCUGCUCUACGCCUGGGACAACGGCCACCAGGUCACCUACCAGGUCAUCUUCGCCUACUGA